AUGGGUGUGCCUCCAGGAAGUCACCAGGGAACAACUGUGCAGAGAGAGGAUUCUGCCCAAGCUUUCAGCCCCUCCGGCAGCAGCAGGGCAUAUCGAAAUCCUAACCGCACAGCGCUGGGCCUGCUGCAGCCCGAGCACCUAGCUACCGGGUCAGUGGAGCCAGGAGUUGUCUCUCCACCGAGAUCCACGCUUAGAGUCGAUCGUAAUUAUACUCCAACACAAAAGGUCCAGCAGUUUGGUCAGCUGUCGAAAGCGCUGUGGUCUACCUUCCUAGGCUGUGGAGCUGAUGUAGUUGCAGAACAGGAAACAGACUCUGGGAGAAUUUUAGCCUCCACCCCACUACCACCCCCCAAACUCCCCCUCAUUGGCCCUUUACACAGUCCAAAUCACAAUUGCUCUAGCAACGCUACCAGUUUCUUCCAGCACUCUCAGUGGACAGUUCCCCAGUCACCCAAGGCGGCUCAUCGGCAGAGGGCAGAAUCCAGUUCCGCCUCUGACUGUGGCAUCAGAAACCUACUCCUCGUCAAAGCUCAGAGAACGCACCCUGUCUCCCUCCUCCCUCUCCGCGCCCCCGCCCCUCGCUCACCCCGGCUCACUCCAGCGGCGACUUUGAGGGAUUCCCUCCUCGGCAAUCUCUGCAGCAGCACAGUUGGUCUUAUUUGUUGCACGGUGAACCUGGAUCUCCAAGAAAGAACCCUUUUCAGCAUGUAUAGACUUCGAGUUCUCCUAGUGCUGUUCCAUACAAUGGCUGGAAUCCUGACAGAACAAGAAGUGGAAAAUCUCUCAGGCCUUUCCACUAACCCUGAAAAAGAUAUAUUUGUAGUGCGGGAAAAUGGGACGACGUGUCUCAUGGCAGAGUUUGCAGCCAAAUUUAUUGUCCCUUAUGAUGUAUCGGCCAGCAAUUAUGUGGAUCUGAUCACGGAACAGGCUGACAUUUCACUGACCCGAGGAGCUGAGGUGAAGGGCCGCUGUGGCCACAAUGAGUCGGAGCUGCAGGUGUUCUGGGUGAAUCGUGCCUACAUGCUCAAAAUGCUGUUUGUAAAGGAAAGUCAGAACACGUCCAAGGGACCUGAGGGGACAUGGAGGCUGAGCAAAGUCCACUUUGUCUAUGACUCCUCAGAAAAAACACAUUUUAAAGCCGCAGUCAAUGCUGGAAAGCACACUGCCAAUUCCCACCACCUCUCUGCCUUGGUCACCCCAGCUGGGAAGUCCUAUGAGUGUCAAGCACAGCAAACCAUUUCACUGGCCUCCAGUGAUCAACAGAAGACAGUCACCAUGAUUCUGUCUUCAGUUCAUAUCCAGCCCUUUGACAUCAUCUCUGACUUUGUCUUCAGUGAAGAGCAUAAAUGCCCAGUGGAUGAGCAGGAGCAGUUGGAGGAAACAUUGCCUCUGAUUUUGGGGCUCAUUUUGGGUCUUGUCAUUGUGGUGACUCUGGCGAUUUACCAUGUGCACCACAAAAUGACUGCCAACCAGGUGCAGAUCCCCAGGGACCGGUCCCAAUAUAAGCACAUGGGUUAAGGGUCACUAGCCAAGCAGCCCCGAAGCCCCCCUCCACAGCUGGAUCAGUUAGAGAAUCAAAAGCACUUUUCCACCUUCUACAUGGGAUAUACACCAACAUAGCUACAGCCCAACUGAACUGGGUAUCCAAGGGCUUGCUUGGCCUGCAUCCAUGCUUAAACCCAGGGGUUGGGGGAAUUCUUUUGGAUUCAUGUGUUGAGUGACAGUUGUUCUCUCCAUGUUGGAGAGUGGGAGGGAGGGAGCCAACCAGCUUUCAAGCUCUCAACCAAGAAUUCCAGACUUGCCUUUAACUCUCUCACAAGCAACACAUACUACUUGGAGGGAUAUCUAGCUCCAAAAUUUAGGGUUUGGAAAAAACUUCUCUUAGGAAAACACUUUUUAGGUUCAGAGGAGUAAGGGGGUGAUUUCCCCCCCUGAACACAGCUGGCUUACCUUAAACAGCUGUCAAUGCACACAAAAUACAACCUCAUGCUCCCUGCGGCAAGACCCCUGAAAGUGAUCCAUGCUUUUGGCUGGCAUUCUGCAUGUCUAGUGAUUGUCUUGGGAAUGUUUCACUGCUAUCUGCAUCCAGUGACUUUGCAGCACAAGACCCGUUUAAUGUAUCUAUGCAGAGUUGUUUGGACCUCAUAAAUGUGUUAGGUCCACAUAAGGAGACCUGAAGGGUCAACCAUGUGAGUUUGUUUUUCAAAAUGAAUUAAAACACUACUCUCUAA